CUUCCGGGUCGGCCCGCGGGGAGCUGCCGUUCGUGCCGGUCCGUGGUACUUCGCGCGGCGGCCGCAGCUGUCUGGGAGCGGGCGGCCGUGAGCUCGCAGGGUUUGGCGGCAGCCGAGCCCGACGCUAGCUAUAGCAAGGACGGGGGUCGGGGGAGGGAGGUCGGCCUCCGCGGCUGCGUGCGCACGCGGCACGACCAUGCGCUGGACUUGAGCGAGCGGCGGAGGCAGGCGCCACCGCCCCCCUCCUCCAUAGCCUGAGAGCGGCGGCGCGCAGCGGGAGAAGAUGGGGGGCGCCCGCCCAGUGUGAGCUCGCCGGGCGCGUCGGGCUCGCGCAGCGCUUCCCGCGGGCCUCCAGCGCGCAUCCUCCGGCUCCCGCAGCCGCCGCCGGCGGGUGGGUGGGGCGCCGAGUGGACCCGAGAGGUCACCCGCUCGGCGCGAGAGCCAGGUGGCCGCGGCAGAGGAAGACCUGCAGAUCUGGGGGGAAUCGACGCGAGCCCGGUCCCCGCCGGGAGAAGUAACCAAUGUGAAACAUGUUGUAGAAGUACUCAAGAAGUGGCUGAAGGAAGAAAGAACGUGCCACUGCCUAUCAGAAAAUAACAAAACAUGGGAAAUACAACCACCAAAUUCCGCAAAGCACUCAUCAAUGGGGAUGAAAACUUGGCUUGCCAAAUAUAUGAAAAUAAUCCUCAGCUAAAAGAAUCCCUUGAUCCCAAUAUUUCUUAUGGAGAACCCUAUCAGCACAACACACCGUUACACUAUGCUGCUAGACAUGGAAUGAAUAGAAUAUUAGGGACUUUUCUUUUUGGUAGAGAUGGAAACCCAAAUAAACGGAAUGUGCACAAUGAAACAUCUAUGCAUUUGUUGUGUAUGGGACCUCAAAUCAUGAUAUCUGAAGGAACCCUUCAUCCUCGCUUAGCACGGCCUGUGGAAGAUGAUUUCAGAAGGGCAGAUUGUCUGCAGAUGAUCUUACAGUGGAAAGGAGCAAAACUUGACCAAGGCGAAUAUGAGAGAGCGGCUAUUGAUGCAGUUGAUAACAAAAAGAACACACCCCUUCACUAUGCUGCAGCCUCAGGGAUGAAAGCCUGUGUAGAGCUCUUAGUAAAACAUGGAGGAGACUUGUUUGCUGAAAAUGAAAAUAAAGAUACUCCUUGUGAUUGUGCCGAAAAGCAGCACCACAAAGACCUGGCCCUCAGUCUGGAGUCUCAGAUGGUGUUCUCUCGGGACCCGGAGGCUGAGGAAAUAGAAGCUGAGUAUGCUGCCUUAGACAAGCGAGAGCCAUAUGAAGGACUAAGGCCCCAGGAUCUUCGUAGGUUAAAAGAUAUGCUUAUUGUGGAGACUGCAGACAUGCUCCAGGCCCCUCUGUUUACUGCUGAAGCACUGCUUCGAGCUCACGACUGGGACAGGGAGAACUUGCUUGAAGCUUGGAUGUCCAACCCGGAGAACUGCUGCCAGCGGUCAGGGGUGCAGAUGCCAACCCCACCACCGAGCGGGUACAAUGCCUGGGACACGCUGCCUUCCCCGAGAACUCCCAGGACUACAAGAUCCUCUGUCACCUCCCCAGAUGAAAUCAGUCUGUCUCCUGGGGAUUUAGAUACCAGUUUGUGUGACAUUUGUAUGUGCAGUAUUUCUGUGUUUGAAGAUCCAGUGGAUAUGCCCUGUGGACAUGAUUUUUGUAGAGGCUGUUGGGAGGCGUUUUUAAAUCUGAAAAUUCAAGAAGGUGAAGCCCAUAACAUUUUCUGCCCUGCAUAUGAAUGCUUUCAACUUGUGCCUGUGGAUGUCAUAGAAAGUGUGGUUUCUAAGGAGAUGGACAAACGAUACCUGCAGUUUGAUAUUAAGGCCUUUGUUGAAAAUAAUCCUGCCAUUAAAUGGUGUCCUACCGCAGGCUGUGAAAGAGCAGUCAGACUGACAAAGCAGGGGUCAAAUCCAUCUGGGUCUGACACACUCAGCUUCCCAUUGCUAAGAGCCCCUGCUGUGGACUGCGGCAAAGGACACCUCUUCUGCUGGGAGUGCCUUGGUGAAGCACAUGAGCCUUGUGACUGCCAAACAUGGAAAAACUGGUUACAAAAGAUAACCGAAAUGAAACCAGAAGAACUUGUCGGAGUCAGUGAAGCCUAUGAGGACGCUGCCAAUUGUCUGUGGCUGUUAACUAACUCCAAGCCUUGUGCGAACUGUAAGUCUCCAAUACAGAAGAACGAGGGCUGCAAUCACAUGCAGUGUGCCAAGUGCAAGUAUGACUUUUGCUGGAUCUGCCUAGAAGAAUGGAAAAAACAUAGUUCUUCCACUGGAGGUUACUACAGAUGCACUCGCUAUGAAGUCAUCCAGCAUGUGGAGGAGCAAUCCAAGGAGAUGACAGUGGAGGCUGAGAAGAAACAUAAACGGUUUCAGGAACUUGACAGAUUUAUGCACUAUUAUACAAGAUAUAAAAACCAUGAGCAUAGUUAUCAGUUAGAACAACGCCUUCUUAAAACAGCCAAAGAAAAGAUGGAGCAGUUGAGUAGAGCUCUCAAAGAAACUGAAGGAGGCUGUCCAGAUACCACUUUCAUCGAAGAUGCAGUGCGUGUUCUUCUAAAAACUCGGCGCAUCCUCAAGUGUUCUUAUCCAUACGGAUUUUUCUUAGAACCCAAAAGCACAAAGAAAGAAAUUUUUGAACUAAUGCAAACAGACCUGGAAAUGGUCACUGAAGACCUUGCCCAGAAAGUCAAUAGGCCUUAUCUUCGUACACCUCGGCACAAGAUCAUCAGGGCAGCAUGCCUCGUGCAGCAGAAAAGGCAAGAGUUCCUGGCAUCUGUCGCUCGUGGUGUUGCUCCUGCAGACUCACCGGAUGCUCCCAGGCGCAGCUUUGCCGGUGGAACAUGGGAUUGGGAAUAUUUAGGAUUUGCUUCACCUGAGGAAUAUGCUGAAUUUCAGUAUCGGAGGAGACACAGACAGCAGCGCCGUCGAGGAGAUGUGCAUAGCCUGCUCAGUAACCCUACAGACCUGGAUGAACCAAGCGAAAGCACUUUCGAUCUCCCAGAGGGGGGCAGCGGCCGCAGGCCUGGUGCAUCUGUGGUCAGCUCUGCAUCGAUGAGUGUGCUGCACAGCUCUUCCCUGCGGGACUACAGCCCUGCCAGUCGCUCUGCAAACCAGGACUCUCUUCAGGCUCUGAGUUCCUUGGAUGAAGAUGAUCCCAACAUACUGCUUGCCAUCCAGUUGUCACUGCAAGAGUCUGGGCUGGACAUGGAUGAGGAAACUAGAGACUUCCUUAGUAACGAGGCAUCCCUAGGAGCCAUAGGCACAUCUUUACCUUCCCGACUGGACUCUGUGCCCCGCAGCACUGAGAGUCCUCGGGCUGCGCUGAGCAGCUCGGAGCUGCUGGAGCUUGGUGACAGUCUCAUGAGACUAGGAGCAGACAGUGACCCAUUUUCAACUGACACUUUGAGUUCACGCCCUCUCAGUGAGACAAGAAGUGAUUUCUGUCCCUCUUCCAGUGACCUUGACUCAGCUGGCCAGGACCCCAGUGCCAAUGACAAUCUUCUUGGCAAUAUUAUGGCUUGGUUUCAUGACAUGAACCCGCAGAGUAUUGCCCUGAUUCCUCCAGCAGCAACCACAGAAAUUAGUGCUGAGCCUCAGCUUCCUUGUAUAAGAGAUGGGUCUGAAGGUGUGAGGGACAUGGAACUGGUGCCACCAGAAGACUCAGUGUCCAAAGAUACUGGUGUUCAUGAGGGUGAAAGAGCCCAGAUGGAAGAAAAUCCUCUGGAAGAGAAUAUUCUGGCCAGGGAAGCGUUGUCUCAAGCUGGUGACAGUAGUAACGAGGCAGUGGGCACGGGGGACAGGCCAGAUGCUGCCAGUCAAACCCCUCAGACCUCAAGCGACUGGCUCGAGCAAGUACAUUCAGUAUGAACUGCAUACAUUUGCUCUCUGGGUGAAUCACAGUACAGGGGUCUGGGAGGUGGCAUAUGCUUUAGAGAAACUCGAAUGCACUUAAUUUGAACUCGGUUAUGAACCACUGAUGUUAGGAUUGAAUGCAAUGGAGUUCCCUUCACAUGAUAACUGCAGUGCCGACUUUAACCUUACAGGGAAUUUCUUUUGUGUCUAUCCCCCUUUUUAGUGACAAAAAGGAGCAGGAGAAAACACAAUGGAAUAAAUGGGUUGCCAUCCACAUUCUGAGCGAACACAGCGCUCUGUCUAGCCUGGAGUCGGCAGUACUUAAGUUGACCUUUUAAAUCAAAAGCUUACUCUUUAAUCCUUAGAUAGCUUCCUCUUUUUUAUAGAAGUGAAGAGUUUUCUUCAUUGUAGAAGUUGGGCCAGACAGUUCUGCUCUCGUGUCCUCAGUGUCCUCUCCUCUCCAGGGGCCUCCUUCCCUCCUGUUGUCCAAGCAGUUUGAGCUGAGGCGUCCGUGCUGCGUCUACCACAGUGAGCGGUUUCCUUUCACAUCAUCAAAGAUUCCUUCUCAUGUCUCUUCACAGUCCAAUUGUGCCAAACUCUGACUCGUGCGCUGACGGACAGGCAGGGAGGUGUGCUGCAGGGCAGCUGUCAGCGGGCUCGGGAGUCAACGGUGCCACUCGGUAGCAGUGACUGUCCAGAAAUUAAUGGGCUUUUGUUGCCAUGGAGACUGCAUUUAAAUAAAUGUAGCCUGUAGCUUAAGUAAACUAAAGCUAAUGCUGCUGUUAAAACAGUUUAUUUUAAUAUUAAAAUACAGUUGAUUAGCAACAGCGGUGCUGUAUUUAAGAGACACUUUAUUGGAAGUGCAAUCAUAGUUCUUUGUUUUCACAGUUUUACAGUGCAUUCUAAUUACUAACGGGUGCAAUUACUUUUAAUGGUGUUUUAUAACAUAGAAAAACUGGAGUUUUCAUGAGUUACAGUAAAUCCCACAGUUAUUAGCAAAUUCAAUACAACAUCCUACGCAACAUGUUACCGUGCCUUUGCCUAACCUAAAUGGAUAGAUGCCAGUUAAGUAAGUCAGUAAUUCCAAUCUCAAUGUCUUUUCUGAAGUAACUAUGCUAUGAAUUGCAAAGACCUCCAUGAAACCACCCAUGGCCUUGCCUUUACAGUAACUAUGACAACUAAGUGUUCAAUUGGUUUGCCUAGAUAGCAAAUGCUGCUGUGUUUGUUCUCUUGCGCAAUACUCAUUUGCUGUUUGAUCACUGUUUAGUAUUGAAAACUCAACCUCCUAGUUAUCAGUGUCCUGCUGUGAAGAAAUCCUGGUCUUAGUUGUAAUUACGAUGCAAUGGUCCAGUGUGUAAUUAAACUAGAGUAAACUGUUGCAAUGACUCUUGUACUUACAUUACUGAAGCUAGCAUAACAUAAGCAACAUAGAUACAAGGGGCACUCCUGGAGUGCUUUGCCACAUUGUCACCAGAAACCAAAAUCUCUCUACUGUGUACAGGGAGGUCCUAGGCCAAGUGAACGAUUGUCCUUAUUAUUGAUAUCCACGAUUAUCAUUUGUCAUUACCUCUUUUUCAAAUUUUGCUUUUGAAAUAUUCAUGUACUUUGAUUUCAUAUGGCCAAGAAGACAUUGUACUUGAGUAUUUAAUUGGUAAUUGUUCAUAGAUAUCAAGAGUCCUAAUGGUUUUUUUUUUCUUCCAGUUACCACAACAUUGGUAUGAAUCCCUAUUAAAGUUAGUGGGGGGAAAUGUUAACUUUGUCAACAGUGUAUUACUGUAUAUUAAACUGAAAUAGUCCAUUAAAGGAUUUUUUAUUUGGAUUAAAAAUAGGAACAACAUAACAUUUCUAGAGCAAGCUGUAACUUUUCCAGUAGAAAGCACUUGCAUCCCUAGAGGCAUCUUGCACAUCCAGUGGAUAGGAGGGGUGCCUGUGGAGGGGGUGUAUGGAGAGAAGGGGUGCCUGUGGAGAUCCGUGAGUGCUGGACUUCCUGUUCCCUUACCUUGUGCAGUGCCAGUUAUGAUGUGCUGGGUUCCUGCGUGGGAAAAACUAUGGUUAUCCAGUUUGUAUUUCCUUGGUAAAUAUUUUAAAACUAACACAGUCAUUGACUUUCCAAUUCAAUAAUAAAGUUUGGCAAAGCCUAUUUUGUAAACAAGUUAAUUUUAUAAUGUAAAAAAAAAAUUAAUCUAACCUUGACUUGUUAUUUGCACUUUCAUAGUCUAUACUUGAUACAUUCCCACUUUAUAUACAGUAGGAUUCUACAGACCUGUAGAUGUUUGGUCAAAUGAAUGCUGUUAAUAUGUAAAAUUCUUUAAUUAAACAUUUAUUACUUAAACUAUUUCCAUUUUUGUCUCAUUAAAUUAUAAACUUCAUUUAAAACUAAUUAGAAAGCAAAUCUUGCUUUAUAUUAAAUACCCUCCAAUAUGACAGUAUUAAUUUGGUUCUAUUAUGUAAUUGAAUAGUGCCUCAUAUUUUUACAAUAGCCCACUUGCUGAAAAUUGUAUACCCAAGAGGUAAAUUUGAUUUCACUAUGACAAUGUAUUAAAAUUAUGAAAUUUGAUAAAUCUGUCAUUUGAUGACAAGUGUAUUAAAAUUGUGAAUUUAGUGCUCAUUUUCAUUUCUAUCAGUUUAUGAGGAAAAUGUGAUGAUUUCCUUGGAAUCCAGCAGAGAAACAGUGAUAGAACUUGAAGAUCUGUUUUGUGAAAUUGGGAGGAAGAAAUGUAUGCCAUAUGAAUAAAAUGUCGUGCUUCACACCA